UGUUCUGGCUGUUUAUGGAAAACUCUGGAAGUUUCCACGCGGUUUAUAAAGAAAAUACUCGAGUAGAUCGAGAGGACUGAGGACGUGCUGCCGGAGUUCACAGACAGCCUUCACGUUUACUGAACAAGCCACUAACUAACGUUAGAUGGUCAAAAUGGGGAAAGACUACUACGACAUUUUGGGAAUUAAGAAAGAAGCGUCCGAGGACGACAUUAAGAAAGCUUAUCGAAAACAGGCGCUGCGCUUUCAUCCCGACAAAAACAAGUCACCGGGAGCCGAGGACAAAUUCAAAGAAAUCGCUGAGGCUUACGACGUGUUGAGCGACGAAAAGAAAAAGGACAUUUACGAUCGUUUUGGAGAAGAAGGUCUGAAAGGCGGAGGAGGCCCCCCAGGUAAUGGUGGUUGUCCUGGUAACUUCAGCUACAGCUUCCAGGGCGACCCUCAUGUCAUUUUUUCAGAGUUCUUCGGUGGACAUAACCCCUUCGAACAGCUAUUUGGAGGCCGCAAUGGAGGCAUGGAUGAGGAGAUGGACCCCAACCCUUUUGCUAGCUUUGGGAUGGGGGGAGCGGGGAUGGGGGGAGCUGGAAUGGGGGGGUUCCCUCGCUCCUUCAGCUCUGGUAUGGGAGGAAUGGGCCCUCACAGUAGUGUUGUGAAGAAGCAUCAAGACCCCCCCGUGGUUCAUGAUCUCCAAGUGACCUUGGAGGAAGUUCUGUCUGGUUGCUUAAAGAAAAUGAAGAUCUCACGUAGAAGGGUGAACCCCGAUGGGCGAACAAUAAAGAUGGAGGAUAAGAUCCUGGAGGUGCAGAUAAAGAAAGGGUGGAAAGAGGGCACAAAGAUCACGUUUCCCAAAGAGGGGGACGAGACUCCCACAAACAUUCCAGCGGACGUGGUCUUUGUGUUGAAGGACAAGACGCAUCAGAAAUUCAAACGCGAUGGAUCGAACAUCGUUUACACUGCAACAAUUUCACUCAGAGAUGCCUUGUGUGGCUGUACAAUCAACGCACCCACACUGGACGGCAGAACGGUUACCGUGUCAACAACGGAUGUCGUGCAGCCAGGGAUGAAGAGGCGCAUCAAUGGCGAAGGGCUGCCUUAUCCAAAACGCCCUGAUCGUCGAGGCGACCUAUUAGUGGAGUAUGAGGUCAGGUUCCCAGAACGGCUCAGCCAGAGCGCCCGGGACACCAUCGCUCAGGUCCUCCCGCGAUCCUAAACGAGACCAACGGACAUCCAGGACUGAAGAAUUGACACUAAGCUGCCAACUUCUUCAGUCAUUGCAUUGCCAUUCAUGUGGCCUUAUGAAUCAAAAAUAGAGACUAGACUUGUGAGAUAGAUGAAUGUAAACUGUUAGUGUAAAAAACACCUUGGAAAAACACUUUUUGAGAAUGACUAACAUUUCAUAGGGUAAAAUGUAAAUAUGACCAAUGGCGAUUGGUGUUCUGAAUAAGAUUAUAUUUUGAUGGAAAUAAGUACAAAUCGUACUGUAUUAUAUUGUAAAAAAUGUAUGUGCAUA